GAAAGCCUUUCUUAUGUGAUUUCCUUUUUUGGCGUUUCGGGAGACGUUUGCUAUCGACCUUCUUUGUAUAGCUGCAAGCUCGAGUCAGUCGUGGCUGAGAAAGAGCUCAGCAAGCCAGGCAGCCGUGCACACCUCUCUUGCAAAGAGAGGCUAAACAUGCGCUGCAACAGCACGCGAGUACCGAUCAACCGUUUGCAUCGGCCGUGCUCAAUAAGAACAGCGAAGGAUGCCGAAGUAAGCUCAGUUGAUGGAAGGAAGAGUGUAGGAAAGAUCGUGAGGUUCGUACCUAUGUGGAGCUCAUGCCAACAGGGUCUUGCGCUAAAUAAUACUAGCAUAGCACGGACACAAUGCUCGAAGCCAAGUCAGCCCGAUAAUAAUCAGCAAACAUGA